GAUUUCAGGGUUUGUGCAGACAAUGGAGGGCCUGGAGCUGAGGCGAUUGGAGCGAGGUGACUUUGACAAAGGAUUCCUCCAGCUAAUGCAGCAGCUGACCGUGGUUGGAGAUGUCUCGAGGGGAAUGUUUGAUGCGAAGAUGCAGCAGCUGGAAAAGCUUGGAGACUAUCAUAGGAUUGUUGUGAUCGAAGAUGUGAAAUCCGGCCGGGUUGUGGCCACCGGUAGCAUUUUUAUCGAGCACAAGUUUGCUCGGAGCUGUGGAAAGGUGGGACAUCUAGAAGAUGUUGUCGUGGAUGAACGUAUGAGAGGGUGUCACUUAGGCCAGAGAGUGAUCGAAGCUCUCACCAGUUUCGCAGAGGAUGCUGGGUGUUACAAGGUGAUUCUCGAUUGUAAGCCCGAGAACGCUGCGUUUUAUGAAAAGUGCGGGUACUCCAAGAAAGAAAUCCAGAUGGCAAAGUACUUUUAAAGUUGGUGA